AGAUCCAGGCCGUGAUGAAGAAUAUCGAUUUGUGAUUGGUGAUUUGGGCCAGGCAACUCCGCCAAAAAAAGAUGAUAAUCAAGUGUUUGGUGUAUUACCUUAUAUUGCACCAGAGGUAUUAUGUGAAAAGCCGUAUACCCAAGCAGCUGAUAUUUGUUCAGGGUUGAGACCUGAGAUUCCAUCUAAUACUCCAAAAUUGUAUGCAGACUUGAUGCAAAGAUGUUGGGACGGUAAUAUUGAAAAAAGACCAAGUGCACUAGAAAUAUAUUCGACAAUUGGGACAUGGUUGAAUCAAUGUUUAUUUGUUCCAAAUUCUAAUAUUGCUAAAGAAUUUAAAAGGGGAGAUGAGCUAAACACAAAGCUCCACGUUUACAAAAAUUGCAUCCAAAUAAUGUUCUGUAUAGUACUUAUCAUGAUGUUAAAGGAAGAUUCAAAACUAGCCAUCAUAGAUAACGACUUUGAAAUCCCAGAUUCCAUAGAUGACGAAGACAACGAAGACUCCGCUUUUGAGAUCCCUGAUUCCUUGGACGAAGACGCAGAUUCUCUAGAUGAUGUUGAAGAUUCCAUAGACAAUAUAGACUUAGAUGAUAUUCCUAUAACUCCAACUGAUGAAUCAUCAGUACUUAAUAAGUUAAAUAUUGAAAAUAUCAAAAAAGAAAUUGUUUCUAAGCCUUCAUCUCAACCAAUAAGUUCAACUAAUGACGAUGUUAAAGUAAAAGAAAAUG